AUGUCUUGGCAGUCGGCAGCUCGGGGGGGCUUCCUCCGCACCCUGCCUCGCGGUGCUCUCCCUGCCCGUACUGGCGUGAGCGACUUACAGAACCAGCUUAGUCGCGUCUGUCUGGCAGCUAACUCAGGUCCAGCGCGGCCACAAUUCCAACCCCUUUCCUCAAUCCAGUCCCUGUUCCAAGCGAAUUCGUUCGCGACUGCUUCUACCCCUCUCAAGGCGAGCCAGACGCCUAAGGCGAAGACCCCUAAGACAGCCGCUAGCAAAGCCAAGAAGGCCCCUCUCAGCGAAAAACAGCAGGAAGCUCUGAAGAUGAAGCAACAACGGGCUCAUAUCAAAGAGCUCAAGGAAACUGCCCUGGUCCGGCCCAAGAGGCUGAUCGUUACUGCCUACGGUCUUGCUAUGACUGAGAAGCUGCAGGAGCUUAAAGGUCAAUAUUCGGUCAAGGAAGCAUGGCCAAUUAGUGUACAGCAUGCGACAUCCCUCAGUCCUCAAGAGAAGGAGAGACUCCAAGCUCAAGCCGACGCCAACAGAGCAGCUAACGCCGCUGCCUACGACGCGUGGGUCAAGUCGCACACACCUCUCCAAAUCAAGAAUGCCAACACUGCCCGCCUCACCCUUUCGCGUAUUGGCAAGAAGACCUACUCUGCCAUCAAAGAUGACCGCUUGCCCAAAACACCUCAAUCCGCCUACAUUCUAUUCGUGACGCACUGCAUGGAUACCCUUGGUUACCAGGGAAAGGCCGGCACAGAGGCCUUCAAAGCCGUUGCCGAUGAAUGGACCAAACUACCCCAAUCGGAGAAAGAUCACUACCACAAAUUGCAAGUCGAAGAUCGCCAACGGUAUGAGAAAGAGCACCAAGAGGUAUACGGAGAACCUGCACCCAAGACCCAACGGUAUAAAACACCGGAAGACUACAAUUGA